CAACACCGCGAUUUAUCUCCAGGUUAUGCUUUAUGAUAUGUGAGGGGAGGUGGGCAGGAUGGUGAGAUGGGUCCUGGGGGUGCGCUGCCCCCUCCAUGGCGCCCCCUGCCCCCCACGGCACCUGCUGUCUGUCCUCCUGCCUCUGCUGAUGCUGUCGCUGGUCCCCCUGGCCCCCCCUACUGCCGCGGACCCCGCACCCGGGCAAGGCUCAGCUGAGAAUGACGCGGAGUCCGGCGGCCCUCUAGCGGAGGUUCCCGACAACUCUCCGCCGAUCAUCUUGGACGAACCUCAAGACGCCUACGUCAUCAAGAACAAGCCGGCCAUUCUCACCUGCCGCGCCGCCCACGCCCUCAAGGUGAACUUCAAAUGCACGGGGGCCGAGCCGGGACCCGAGGCCGAGACCGUGACCUCGUUCGUGGACCCGAUGACCGGCGUGAGGGUCAUGGAGGGUCAGCUGCAGAUCGAGCGGCGGCUGGUCGAGGAGUCCUUCGACGACAGCGACUACGGCUGCUACUGCGUCGCCUGGAGUUCCCGCGGCGAGACCAAGAGCAAGACAGCGAGGGUCGCCACUGCAUACCUUCGGCGAUACUUCGAGGAGCCUCCUUACUCGCAGUCGGUGCCCCUCGGGAAGCACGUGGAGCUGCGGUGCCUCCCUCCCGACGGCCGUCCCCCUCCAGCGACCACUUGGCUCAAGAACAACGUGCCCAUCAGCCUCGAGGACAACCCGAGUUACAAGAUAUCUUCAGAGGGAUCCUUGCUCAUCCUGUCAGCUCGCCCGGAGAACUCGGCGAACUACACCUGCGUCGCCGAGAACGUGGCCGCCAAGAGGGUUUCGGAGACGGCCAGGCUCAAGGUCUACGCGACGGCCGCCGCGGUGCAGCAGGACAUCACCCUGAUCGUGGUGCUGGCGGUGCUGGUGCCCCUCGUGCUGCUCCUGCUGGUGGUCGUCUUCAGGAAGUUCAACCGGAAGGACCGCCAGGACGGCCCCAUGUACGAGAUCGCGGCGUCGGACUACCCGAUGCCCUUCUACUCGGACACGGCCAAGAAGCUGAAGGGCCUGGCGCCGGACCUGACGCAGGGCGUGGGCAUGGCGCCGCUGCCGCCCACGGCCCUCCCGCCCUGCUACGACCACGCCUACAGCGACCCUGCGUCCGUGUCGAGCGGCCACAAGUCGAGCGUGGGCGUGGUGGGCUCCAUGUACGAGGAGCACUACUCGGCGCCCGCCAGCGGGGGCGGCCCCUCGGGCAGCGCCACGCCCGCCUCCGAGCACCACUACGACGUGCCCCACCUGCGCCCCUCGCACGACUCGCCCGCGCCCUCCGAGGCGUGCCACCUGCUGCCCUCGCGCGCCCUCGCCACGCCCACGCUCGACGGCAGCGUGGGCAGCCGCUGCCUCGACUCCCCGAUGUCCUCGCUGGAGAAGCCGCCCCGGAGCGACUCGCCCGCCUCGCUCUCCAGCAACGCCACCUCCAGUUCCCGGCCGACCUCCGCGUCCGACGGUGGGCGUGAGAGCCAGCCGCCCAAGGAGCUGCUGAGCGCCGACGGAGCCGCGUGGGGCGUGAUGACGGCUGCGGGCGGGCGUCUGGUGGUGGGCGAGUACGGCGUGGUGCUCACGGUCCCCGAGGGCGCGCUGCCCCCCGAGGCGCGCCAGCAGAUGUACAUCGGGGUCAUGCCCAACGCCCACGUGCCCAAGCUCACCGAUAGGCAGACGCUGCUGAGCCCCGUGGUGAGCUGCGGCCCCACCAGCGUGAACCUCCUGAAGCCGGCCGUGCUGUCCUUCGAGCACUGCGCCUCCCUCCAGCACGCGGCCUGGCAGAUCCACGUGUUCGCCUCGCCGGCCCCGCCCCCCGUCGGCACCGCGUCGUCGGCCUCGUCGGCGUCGACGUCGAGCUUCUUCGGCGACGAGUCCUGGACGCGGCUCAUCACCAUCGGCGAGGAGCGGAUCGACACGCCCGUCUUCACGCAGCUCGACGGCGCGCAGGUGCACAUGAUGACGGAGUCGCUGCGGCAGUUCGUGCUGGUGGGCGAGAGCGCGGGCUCCAACGCCGCCGUCAAGCAGGUCAAGGUGGUGGCGGCCGCCCCCCGCCCACCCCGUCGGGCACGCUCACGGUCACCAUUCACGUCAUGCAGGACACCACCGCCGCCCUCGCCUACGUGACCUCGAAGGAGCGGCGUCGGGGGGCCUCCCUGCUGGACAAGCCAAAGAUGUUGUUGCUACAGGACUGCGGUGCUAACCUCUGCCUCACCUUGGAUGACCUGGCUCCCGGCUGGCGCAUCCGACCGGGUCAA